UCUCAGUUUCUCAACUGCCUUCAUUUAUAGUCCAUCUCUCUGAGUAGCCCUUUCUCCCCCUCUCUCUCUCUCUCUCUUGAUAUUUAUUAUGAAUUUGGAAAGCUGGGUCUUGUCGUAGUAAGUGGGAAGAAAAGGAAAGGAGGUUGCUUGAACAUAACAAGAAAGAAUUUUUGGUAAAAAAAGAAGAAGAAUUAUGGAGUCAUCCAAUGGGAAAGAGAGUGUGAUGAGCAUGGAAGUAAAUGAGGGGAUCGAAGAAGCAAACUUUGAAAGCAAUGAGAUUGAGAGGAACAAGAUGGGCAUCAUGAGAGCUCUUGUGGAAAGGGAAGAUCCCUCCUCCAAGGACGUGGAUGAUUUCAUGAUCCGGAGAUUUCUGCGGGCGCGUGAUCUGGAUAUUGAGAAGGCUUCUACCCUGUUCCUCAAGUAUCUGAGUUGGAGGAAGUCAUUUGUGCCAAAUGGUUCCAUCUCUGAGUCAGAGAUUCCAAGAGAGAUUGCUCAUAACAAGAUGUUUAUGCAAGGUCUGGACAAGACGGGACGCCCCAUCGUUGUUGUUUUUGGUGGGAGGCAUAAGCGCACCAAACUAGAGGAGUUCAAACGUUUUGUAGUCUAUAGCCUUGACAAAAUAAGUGCCAGAAUGCCAGCAGGCAAGGAAAAAUUUGUAUCCAUUGCAGAUCUUGAAGGAUGGGGAUACGUCAAUAGCGACAUUCGUGGAUACUUAGCAGCUCUGUCGAUCUUGCAGGAUUGCUACCCAGAAAGGCUUGGCAAGUUAUAUCUUGUUCAUGUGCCUUACAUUUUCAUGACGGCAUGGAAGAUGGUUUACCCAUUUAUUGACAACAAAACCAAGAAGAAGAUAGUUUUUGUUGAGAACAAAAAACUGAGCUCCACCCUGCUCAGUGAUAUUGAUGAGAGCCAACUCCCAGAUGCAUAUGGAGGCAAAUUGCCGUUAGUUCCUAUCCAAGACUGCUAGCUUUUUGGCUCAACUCUAGGCACUUGCCGAUUGAUAUUGGUUAAAGGCGGCUCUCAGAUACACAUGGAUGCAAGCUCUCAUUACAUCCGAUCCAAGAUUGCUUUGCCUCUUAUGUUCUCCUACUUAUAGGCACAACCUGAUAUUUAGAGUUUACAAAACAACUAUCUAUAUUCUUCCCCAUUGGGCAUGUGCCAAUUGCAGGGGUCAUAUUUUGUUCUAAUAUUUGGUUCCAGCUACUUUUCUACCGCUUAGCUUGUUAUCCGUAUUAAAUUCUUAUAGUUCAAUUGCCCACAUCAUUGGACCUU